UAUUUCAGUUUCCUCUCUUUCUCUCUUUUUUCUUUUGCUUGUACAAAACGAUGCCGGCAAUGACCAUGCCUGUGCAGAUUGUCACCCCUUGUCCCAAAAGACCGGCGUCGUCGUUCAACAACCAGGAAGUGCAAGACGCUUGCCAUCAAGAACUUCGGCAGAUUUUGUCUUCUUCGACCCAGACAAUCAACAGUGUGCAAGCGAACAACAACAACCCUACGACGACAGCUCUCAAACUCCCAGAGAGACAGCACAUUAUCACUCGUGCGGACAACCCACUUCCACAGGACAUGUCGUUCUUUACAGCGAUUCAGCCUUGUUUGCCGACCAAAGGUCCUCAUCGACCCAGAUCUUUCAGUGUUGGCGAUGCCCGCAAUUGUAUCUUUAUCAAGAAAAGUAACGAUUUGGUGCACUGAUACCCUCAACCCUAAACCAACAUCCAUUGUCUUUUUCUUGAAGCUGUCUUCUUGUACAUAAUGUUCAAUAAGUGUCAAACACAAACAAACCACACACACACUUUUAUACACACACACAAUCACCCUCCAAGUACAAACAACAUCAAUUUUUAUUCAGUAGUAGUAACGCUUUUUAUGUCUAUAUCGCCAAACACAACAAACUUGUAUAAACCCCAAUUUCUUCUAUAUAAACUUUUCUAUAUCAAUCCAAAAGGCUCUGAUUAGCACCAUAUAGCCAAAUGAAAUGGCAUAUGAUAGCUGCAGUUUCUCUGGUUUUGCGCCUGCUAUUAGGCUCCUCUUCACGUUCUUUUAAGAUUGAGCCGACCAACAGCUGCAGU